UGUUGCCCCGGCACCCGCUGUUAAGGGGUGUCGAGAGGAAGCACGCAGUCAAUCAAUCGGCCUGUAAAUAGUUUGAAAAGAAAGCAGGCUGCUUACGUAGACGACCCCCUCCCUGAAAACGAUCAAGUUCAUUUACAAUCAGCUGAGGGACAAUGGUUUUGAGUUGACCAAUGAGAGCGCUGGGUAAAUUGCCAUUAGCUGCAAGGUUAAUUAAUGAAGGCUCGGCGUUAGCUCGCGUUUGGUUUAGUUCAAACGCAUUAGUUUUUCAGGAGCGCACACACCGUGGCGUCAUGGAUCUAACGUUUUAAUUCAGCUUUACGUUAUCAAACAUGUCGCGACUUUUUACUUUUUUAAAAAACACGAGCAGGAAAGAUUGACACAGCGAGGACCAUGAAUUAAACAACAACAAUAAUAAUAACAAUUUAAAAAACACUAGUAAGUCGAUAACGGGAAUUGGUGAUCCAGGACCUCUUCGCGUACAGGUUAACAUCAGGACAUUGAGUCGCUUUUAACCCGGAGAUACCAAACCCGUUCGACUAAUUAAUUAAUCUCCGAAGCUAAGCAUGUCUGAUCGGUCUGUCACCCCGGGUUCGGAGGCUUCCAGUCGGGCACACGAGUUCCCCCGGACGAUGUACACCCAGGAGAGCCUAGCUGCCUCUCUUCAGUUCGCCAACGGGAUGCUGCAAGACCCAAACUCCUUGUUCAAUAAACCCGCAUCCUACAACGGUAUCGCCACCCAACACUUCUUCCCGUUUUCUGCCGUCGGCGGUGACUAUCGACAUCCCGAUAUCCAGGUAGCGGACCUGAGCCAAGCCAGACACUGGUACCCCUUCUCUACCCCGGAGCUCACGGGCCAAGUAGCGGGAAUGACCACAGCCCACCAACCGGCGAAUCUGAGCCCACGCAUCGCAGAAACCCGGGAUCAGAUUAAAAGUGACAUUAAAACCGAGAAAGAAGAGGACGAAUUCUCGCCUGAAGGAAAACCAGCACUGCCACCGCCGCCCUCUACCACGACCCCCGGGGUUUAUUACUCAAACCACUGGAACCCUUCGUUCUGGCCCGGCUUGACCCACGCUCCAGCCCCCGCCGCCACCCCUCCGGUCUCCUCUUCGCCCAGUAACCACAGUUACCCGACAACUAGCGUCUGCAUGACGGCAACGACCCAAACGCCACUGGUCCCGGUGCAACAGAACUCGAACCCCGGGAGCAGCGGCUCCUCCAGCGGGGCGGGCAGUGAAGUGGGGCAGUCUAGCGACUCGGAAGAAGAGGUAAUAAUUUGUACGUCUUUUAAAUUUGUGUUUAAACGUUUUGUAUUUAUUUUGUAGUUUGGGGCAACCUUUUAAAAACUGAAGAGAACAUUUAUAUGUAUUGAUUUUAGUGUGUAAAAUAAAAUACAAAAUACAUGAACUUCUGCAUUUAGCCGAGCUGCCUGCGAGUACCUGUCUUCUAAGGCGCCGCUAGAUCUCAAUCACUAUGCUGGGGCUAUCAAUUCAGUAAACAGCAGGUCGAAUAGAUUGUUAUAUAUGCAAGCACUGGGUUUGGUGACUUUAUUAAAGGGUGAAAAUGCAGGAAGUCCAUGGGUGAUUCUGUAAGAUUAGUUCUCUUGUGUUAAACCACUUCAUUUUGUCUAGAAAUCCUUGUUUUCUGCGAUACAGGACCCUUGAUUUCAUUUUGAAAGCUCAGUCCUGGUCUAAAUUGUUUAUUUUAAACCUCCCUCCAAACCCUGCAGUAGUCAGUCAUGUUGCCUGUUAAGCCGGGU